CUCCCGCUGCCAGCCAUGGCAGUGGUGACUGAAAAUGGUCUGACAGAUGGCACGUCAAGGACCGUGGUGCAGAACCUCAAGACUCUGUACAUGGGGCUACUGAGGCCCAUUGAACUGGAGAGCUCCUUUGGCCACUUCAACGACGCCGUGCUGACCGUUUCAGAGCUGGAAGCACGGCCACAGGUGCUGCUGAUUGGCCAGUACAGCACAGGUAAAACCUCGUUGAUCAAAUGGGUCACCGGCAUCAACAGCGCCUUCUUCGAUAUCCGACCGCAGCCCAGUACAGACAAAUUCAUGGCUGUGGUGCAUGGCGAUGAGGAGAAGGUCAUCAACGGAGAUGCAGCCACCUGCCUGCCGAAGCUGCCAUACAGCGGGCUCUCACGCUUUGGUUCCUCCUUCCUCAGUAAGUUCCAAGUGCUUGUGGAGGACGCCGACAUCCUAAAGCAGAUCACCUUCAUCGAUACCCCUGGGGUUCUGUCGGGGGACAAGCAGCGCAUCAGCCGAGGCUAUGACUUCAUGAAGGUCUGCAGAUGGCUGGCCUCCCGAUCUGAUUUGAUCCUGCUGCUCUUUGAUGCGCACAAGCUGGACAUCUCCGAUGAAUUCAAGGAGGUCAUCGAAAGUAUCAAAGGCGACGGCGACAAGUGCCGAUGUGUCUUGAACAAGGCAGAUGAGAUCGAUGGAGAAAACUUGGUCAAGGUGUAUGGAGCCCUGAUGUGGAAUCUUGGAAAGAUCCUGCAGACGCCAGAGGUCGCGAGGAUGUACGUAGGAUCCUUCUGGGACGACGACUACAAGUGCAAGGACUUGGAGCGCUUGUUGAACCAAGACCGCAAGGACCUGGUCCAGGAGCUCCGUGACUUGCCACGCAACGUCUGCGUGCGACGGGUCAACGAGGUGGUGGCACGCGCGCGUGCGGUGAAGGUGCAUAUGGCCCUGGGCUGCUCCCUGCGCGCCAAGCUACCAGCCUUCGGCGCUUGCGGCCGCAGGCAGCAGAAGCAGCGCUACUUGGCGGAGCAUUUGCCGGAGGUCUACGCCGAAGUGAUGAAAGAGUACGAGUUUGCCCCUGGAGAUAUGCCGCCCCUGGAGAAUUUCAAGGAGAGGUUGCGAAGCUUCAAAGACUUCCGAAGCUUUCAGAGGUCCUGCAAGACGCAGCAAGAGACCUUGGAUCGACUGAUCCAACAGGAGAUCCCACGCUUGAUGGCCCUGGUGGGUGGCGUGUCCGCCUCAGACCUGGGGAACAAGGCCCCGAACGGCGGCGGGAAGACGGACGCACAGGACUUUCGGCUCGAAGGUGCUACCCGAGCCGCAGAGCGCAGUUGGCUCUGCGGUUUCUUCGUGCUGCUGUUGCUCCUGGUAGUGGCUGUAGGCGUUGCGGCUUUCCUUCGGCCAGAGGCAGCCCUCGAAGUUUUGAAGUCCUUGGAGACGCAUCCAUGGCUGGCUCCUAUGCGGCCGUGGCUGGCGAAGAUUCAUGAGGUGUGGCCGCAGGCACCAGGUGAGCUCAACGUCACGCCCAUUCACUUGGCCACGGACUCUGCUGCUGCAACUGAGUUAUGACCGCUGCGACUGGUGGGUUGACAGUUCUUGAUGUGGUAAGGUC